AUGGUUCAAAGAGACCUAUUUUUAAAGUUAGCUUCAGAAGAUGCUAAAGAAAGAGUAUCAUCAGCUAAUAAAUUAGUUAAACAAUUGUUAGAAGAAAAUUCACAAGAAGAAUGGGAUUAUACCUAUAAAAGAUUAAUUAAAGGUUUAAUAUCAACAAGACAAUCAGCAAAAUUAGGUUUUAGUAUGGUAUUAACUGAAGUAUUAUCACAGUUCUUUAAACAAGGAAAAUUAAAUAUUGUUGAUUAUUUAAAUCAAUUAAAUAAAGUAACUGAAAUCAAAUCAAAUAUGAAAGGGAAAGAAGAAAGAGCAGUUUUGUUUGGAAGAUUAUUUGGGUUUAAUGUAUUAUUAAAUGCUAUAACAAUUUCAAACUUACAAAAUAAUGAAAUUUUAUUAUUCAUUGAUAAUAUAUGUGAUUUAUUAAAUACAAAACCAUGGAUAAGAGAAGUUGCAACAGCUAGUUUAAUUCAAAUUUUAACAAGUCUCCAAAAUCAUUCACAGGAAGAUUUAAUAAUCUUGAAAAUUUUACAAAAUAUUAAUAAUUUUGGUUUAAAUUUAUCAUUAGAGGGCUUAGCUAUAUAUUUAAGUAUUCCAAAACCGAAAAGAAUUCAAUUGAGUUCAAAAAUCCAUCUACUUAAAUCAAAUUGGAAAAAUGGAGAUCCUUUCAAUAAAGGAAAUUUACCAAUACUAACAAAAGUAUUGAAAGAUGUUAAUGUAAUUGAUGACAAUGAUGGUGAAGAAUCAUCGAAAAAACAAAAAAGUAGUUGGAAUCCAAACUUACCUUUUGUAUGGGAUAUUAUAGUUGAGAAUUUUGUAAAAGAAGAAAAUAAUGAAGAAGAAGAGCCACCGAAAAAGAAACAAAAAGUUAAUAAUAAAAAAAAUGGUAAAAAUGACAUCAUUGAUUCAAUAAAGUUCAAAGAAUUUUAUAAAGUUGUAAUUGAUGAAUCAUUUUUUGCAGAGAAAUCAUCUCAUGAAAGGAAAUACUGGGGAUUUGAAAUUUUUAUAAAAUUUUUAAAUGCUUUUACAAACGAAGAUAAUAUUGAUAAUUUAUUUACUCCAAAUUUUAUGAGAUGUUUAAUUAAUCAAUCAUCUCAAAAAUCAAGAUAUUUACAUGAUAUUUCGAGAACCACUUUAAAGCAAAUUAAUAAAAAAUGUACAGCCGAACCUAAAAUUUCAUCAGUUAUAUUGAAAAAUUUAUUAAAUGAAUCAAAUGGAGGAUGCUGGAAUUUUGAUCUCAUAACUAAAACUCAUACUAUUGAUGAAUUAUUGUCAGUACCAAAUUAUAAAAAUGUUGAAAUAUUAACUCAUAAUUUUGAUGAAGCAUUAUCCAACCAAACCAAGUCAGAUGGGUUUAAAUAUUCAAAUGACAAUAUACUAAAGUGGUAUCUUGAUAAAUUAAUUUUUGCAAUGAAGCACAAUAAUCAAGAUAACAAGACACUUCAAAGACUUUCAGUUUUUUUUAUAGAGAAUAGUUUUUUCCAAGCUGAAUUAUCAACAAACAUAAGAAAAUUAAUUCAAGAGAAGUUAAAUUCUUUUUUAUCCGAAGUUUUAUCAAAUAAUGAUAUGUUAUGGCCAUCAAUUUGUACUAAAAAAAUAAUAAAGUUGGAGGAAACCCAUAAAUGUUUAGUUGAAUUUGAUGAAGAAUUACUUACAAUCAAACAAGAAAUUUUGAAUAUCAUAGAUGAUUCAAAUCAAGAAUCUAGCGAAAUUUCUAAAAUUUUCAAAUUAUUGUUUUCAAUGUGUUUCAUACAAUUGUAUAUGGGAGAUGAAGAAAUUAUAUCAAUAACUCAGGAACUUGUAUCAUUAAAUGAAAAGUUAAGUGAAAAAGAUAAUACCGAUGAAAUUGCAUUAGCUAUUACAGAAAUCACAUUAAGUUUUAUUUCACAAAAAACAACCCUAUCGAAAAAAUUAGGAAUAAUACUCUGGGAUCAAUUUUUGUGUAAACCUAUUGAAUCUGGUUCUGACGAAUUAAGAAUAAAUGAUGAAUGUUUUGAAUCCUUAUUUCGUAUAUUAGUCGCUAAAGAAAAUAAAGAAGGUCAGAAACUGUUAUUUGAGAAUGAUGAAGAAUUGGAAAUAGACGACGGUGAAGAAGGUGAAGAAGAUGAAGACGAAGAAGACGAAGACGAGGAAGAAGAAGAUGACGACGAGAAUGAUGAUGACGACGAGGAAGAAGAUGAUGAUGAAGAAGAAGAGGUUAACAACACAAUGUCAGAAUUAGAUAAAGAAACCAAUUUAAAAUUAGCAGAAGCGUUAGGUAUACCAACAAAAGCAUCAGGAGAAGUAAAAUUUGAUGAAUUAUCAGACAUGGAAGAUUCAUCAAAUGAUGAAUAUGAAAGUGAUUCAAUGGAUGAUGAACAGAUGAUGGCAAUGGAUGAUCAAUUGUCCAAAAUAUUUAAAGAGAGACAAAACAUUUUGAAUGAAAACUCCAAAAAUUCAGGAAAUAAUAGACAAAAACAAGUUUUAGAGGCAAAAGAAAAUAUGAUUUUUUUCAAAAAUAGAAUCUUGGAUCUUUUGGAAAUUUUCAAUAAACAAAAUCCUCAAAAUCAAUAUAAUUUGAAAUUUAUUGAACCAUUGAUAAAAUUAAUAAAUUUAACUUUAGAUAAAAAUUUAGGUCAAAAAGCUCAUAAAUUCCUCAAAACAAAAAUAAGUAAAACUAGAAUUAACCCAGUUUCAAUCCAAAACAAACAAGAUUUUACAAAAUGGGCAAUAGAUUUAAUUAAAUCGUUACAACAACAAGCAAGCACCACCAAAUCAUCAAAUCAAUCAGUUUAUCUAAGCUAUAAUCAAAGUUGUAUUGUAUUAGCUAAAAAUGUGCUGGUGGUAGAUAAUUCAAAAUCAGCUGAAAUAAUUGACAUUUAUAGUGAAUCAUUAAAAAAUUGGGCUUUAAAUAAAGAUAAUAAAUUACAACCUUCUUUAUUUUUUGAUUUUAUCAAUUGGUUAAAUGAUAAAAAAAAAACAAUCCAGUUAAAAAGUAUAUAG